AGAGAGGGAUGGAGGACACUGAGUGGAGGCCAGUGGAGGGAUUGGCAGAGAGGGGUGGAGGACACUGAAUGGAGGUCAGUGGAGGGAUUGGCAGAGAGGGGGUGGAGGACACUGAGUGGAGGCCAGUGGAGGGAUUGGCAGAGAGGGGUGGAGGACACUGAAUGGAGGUCAGUGGAGGGAUUGGCAGAGAGGGGUGGAGGACACUGAAUGGAGGUCAGUGGAGGGAUUGGCAGAGAGGGGUGGAGGACACAGAAUGGAGGCCAGUGAAGGGAUUGGCAGAGAGGGGUGGAGGACACUGAAUGGAAGCCAGUGAAGGGAUUGGCAGAGAGGGGCAGCAGCCGCUGAUCGGUUGACCAGUGAGGAGGGAGUUGCAAUAAUGGAGGCGG